AUGGAUAGCAUUACCACGCUCCGGGUCCAUGAUAAGGUUACAGUCCAAGAUGAACCGUCGACGAUCGAACCCAGCUCAACGCCUGGACUUCCUGAUAAAUACGGAGAGCAUAUGUUUCGUGAGGUGAGAAACUUCGUUGGCGAGACAAAGGAAUCAAAUUUAGUGCUGGAGAAAGGUUUGCCAGAUUCGUUAUCCCAGCCUCUUGCUCCUGCUGUUGGAAACGAGACUACCUUCCACAUACGUCGCGGAAACUUGUCCAACCAGCAUUCGAGUCCAUCAGCUGCCAAGGUGUCUCAAGGAGAGGACACGGAUACUGUCAGUGAGCUCGCCAUGACAACACAGACAGACCCAGGCCUUCCACUUGGGGCAUCCAAUGACAACUCCCAAUCAGCCAUCACAACACAAACUGUUCCUCAAAUCACUUCCCUGCCUGCCACGCCACAAGGAAAGCCUGAAACGGCAUCAAAAGACGACUUGUCUCAAAAAACCGAACUACCUUUCAUGGAUCCGGGCACAUCAACCAUAGGGCUCCAAACGAAAGCCAGUAUAUCCGGCAUGGAGGAGUUUGAAAGACGCGCUUGUGACAGUACCACGAGGAUACAAGCUUCACUGCAUACAGCCACGACAAAACUCAUUGGCUCGAUUCUUACCGUUUUGGUCCUGCUUAGAUCACAAAAUGCGCUGGCGUCUCCUGUCGUUCGACACGUGGUCUUGCAAGAAGGCGUGCAGACCACAGCGUUAUCGUCUCUUUCCUCUCACUCACAUGUGUCCGGACCGAGCUCUACUUUCUCGGAAAUUUCCAGCCAGUAUGAGACACCUCCAGACAGCAACUCUGCCAUGCCAACUGCUGGGCCCAUAUCUUCCAAAGCCGAGGCUAAGCCAGCCUUGCAGGUCCCUCAAUGUGAUUGUCAAGGCAUGAAUGAAACUCAGAGUAAUGUACAGGAUGCGGCUGCCCCGAAGGUUUUAUCGGGGAUACAAAGCGAUCCGGACCAUUUACCCCACCAAUGUCGCACCUUGUCAUCAUCUCCAAAGAGGGUCUCUGUAUCCAGACGACCGAUUUUCAAAAUUCGGCCGAAGUCUUCUAUUCCCUCUGACCUCACACCGCAGGAGUACGCAGGACAGUGUAUUGCGGCGGCGGAGUCUUCCAGACUGAAUCCUUAUGCGCUACACGAAGAAGAGCAUGCAAUGCUUCGUCACCAUAUUAGCCACGCACAAGUCACAACAUAUCUCAAUAUACGCAACGGGAUUCUUCGGUUCUGGCUCCGAAAUCCCAGUACUGCUGUGACGAGAAAUGAUGCCAUGGGUUGUUCUAGAGACAGGCGCUGGUUCAGGGCAGCUGGUGUUUGCUUUGACUGGCUUGUCCGCCGAGGAUACAUCAAUUUUGGAUGUGUCAAGAUUAAGGAGCCACCGAAGGACAAGGGUGCUAAGGCAUCACUGCUGAAAUCGGAAAGUAUGACGUCGCAUUCUCUACACAGGCAGAAGAAGACCAUAGCCAUCAUUGGCGCUGGUAUGGCUGGGCUCGGCUGUGCUCGCCAGCUGGAUAACCUUUUCAAGCAACACCACGACCUACUUGUCAGCCUGGGCGUGGAUGUGCCCAGUAUUGUCGUCUUAGAGGGGCGCGAUCGGAUAGGUGGCCGAGUUUAUUCGCGACCAUUCCAAGUCCAGACCCGCCACCAACACCCGGAUUUUCACCAAAGCCGGUGCACUGCUGAAAUGGGUGGUAUGAUUGUCACGGGCUUCGACCGAGGCAACCCGAUGAACACCCUUAUUCGUGGUCAGCUGGGCCUAGGAUACCACGCCUUAAUUACUGCGACAACGAUAUAUGAUAUCAACGGCAAACCUGUCGAUGAUGUGCGGGACGGUCUGGUAGAGAAUUUGUUCAAUGAAUGCCUUGACCGCGUGAGCGAGUACAAGUUCAAAGUGCCUCUACCAAAGGGCAUUGAAGGAAAUCAUUCUUGCAUGGAUGACGGCCGUGACAAUACCUCAGAGGGGCACCCUACUAUUGCUUCGAUUGAAGACAGUGAAGCGGUAAUACCAUCGACCAUGGCGGCUGCUGAGAUUGAAGUCGCAACUUGGGAACAGACAACAUUGCUACGGUAUGCGACACCCAAAGCAAUGGAGCCACCAAGGCACAAAAAAGCCACCUUGGAAGAACCAUAUGCAAUCGGGAGGCUUCCACAAGCCGAUCUGGUUCCUGUUUCAUCUGAUCGACUUACAGGGAGAGCCCAUCUGGAACCCGGGACGCACGCUACGCUAAAUGCAGCACACAAGCUGAAGAGUAUGGGGUGGUCAUUGAAACCGGGAGUCCUGGAGUCGAGAGACUUGGAUCUGGACCCUGCUUCUAAAUCGCCUAGAGCAACCCUUGGAUCCGUCGUUGAAGAUGCAAUUAGGCAAUAUGGAGAGCUUCUUGAUUUGAACUCGCAAGACUACCGGCUUCUCAACUGGCACAUUGCCAAUCUGGAAUAUAGCAAUGCUAUAAACCAUAGCCGCUUGAGUCUCAAGGGCUGGGAUAUAGAUGCUGGGAAUGAGUGGGAAGGAAGGCAUAGUAUGAUCAUUGGUGGAUACCAGAGCGUGCCUCGUGGUCUGAUGCUUUGCCCUAAGCCCUUGGAUGUUCGGAGACAGAUGGCAGUGAAAAAAAUCGCCAUCAAUGAGUCCGGUGACGAUAACCGUGCCAGGCAUGUCAAGCAGGACGAACAGCAUAAGUCCCCCGUGAUCAUCGAAUUUGAAAAUGGGGACAAAUUUGAAGCUGAUUACGUUAUCAGUACGAUACCCCUUGGAGUUCUUAAGCAUGGAAACGUCGAGUUUGACCCGCCGUUACCAAGAUGGAAAUCGAACGCGAUUGACCGGCUCGGCUACGGCGUUCUCAACAAGAUCAUUCUCACAUUCCGCCAACCAUUUUGGGAUACAGAGCGCGACAUAUUUGGUGUCUUACGCGAACCAGCCAACCGAUAUAGCCUCGAUCAAAGGCAGUAUUCGCAGCGCCGGGGCCGGAUGUUCCAAUGGUUCAAUAUUUCAAGGACGACAGGUAUCCCUUGCUUGGUAGCCCUCAUGGCCGGUGAUGCUGCAUUCGACACAGAGAAGGCUAGCAAUGAUGAGCUUGUUUCUGAGGCUACUUCCGUCCUACGAUGCGUGUUUGGUGCUAAGAACGUUCCGGAGCCCAUUGAGGCUGUCGUUACACGGUGGGCUUCGGACAAAUUUUCUCGGGGCAGCUAUUCAUCAGCUGGGCCCAGCAUGGAGAUUGACGAUUACGAUUCUAUGGCUCGUCCUGUGGGAAGGCAUCUUCAUUUUGCGGGUGAACACACCAUUGGGACACAUCCGGCCACUGUUCAUGGAGCCUACCUAUCGGGCCUGCGUGCAGCAUCAGACAUUUUCGAGGAGUUGGUGGGCCCAAUCGAUAUCCCGACGCCGUUGGUACCUCCGAAAGAGACUUUGACGUCUGUCAUUAAACGAAAGGUUGCCUUAGACGAAGAUGAAGGGAAGACUGGUGAUGAAAGUAGUAGUAGCAUCAGUGCUAGCGGUGGUCGCGGAAGUAACACCGGGGAGGCGAAGACAAACAAUCGCAAGCGUUUGGAAGUACGAGAAUCGCACAUCCAACAACACAUCAACAGUCAGAUUGGAGACCGACCCUCGCAACCCCCUCGAGGGUCGGAGAGCGCCUAUUCGCUAUUUAGUAAGGCGAACUACGAACGGGCACGCAAAAAAUGCGAAGAAGGACGUCGCCCUGGCAAAGGUCGUUCCACCCCGAACGAAGUACGGGUUCUCACGUCCAAAAUGUGGCGCAGUGCUAGCGCAGAGGAGAGGCGUCCUUUUGCAAAUGAAGCAGAGGCUCAAAAACAGAUGUACGAAGCGGCUCUUUGUGAAUACAACCAGAUGAUAGCCGAGUGGGACCAACGUGCUUCGGAUCUACGUGUGGCCUACGAGCUUGAGCAUCCCAGGACCUGCGAACAGGAUAUUGAGCACACGCCACAGACAUUAUCACCGUCAGUCUCCGACCUCGUUACUGGGACACCACAACGCUCGAGUUCUAUUAGUGCCCGUCGUCUUAGGCGGACGACCAACUGUCAAGCAGGAAUCGACAGUGAUGUAGAAAUGAGCGGUUGA